AAAACGGUGUACUGGGCAUGCGCAACACGUUGGGAGGCGUUUUAUAGGUGAGGAGAGAGUAACAUGUCGUCACCCGAAGUCAUUGGCAAGCAGUUCGUGGCGGCCUUCUACCAGACAUUUGACACGAAUAGAGCAGGCCUCGCACCCUUAUACGGCCAAGGAGCAAUGCUUAGCUAUGAAGGGGAACUGUUUUCCGGUCAAGAAGCCAUUGUCCAGAAACUAACUAGUCUGCCAUUCCAGACAAUUGUUCACCAAGUCACUACACAUGACUUUCACCUAACAGUGGACGGGGGUCUUCUUGUGACUGUUGUCGGACAACUAAAAGCUGAUAGUGACCCAAUUCAUGGGUUUACUGAGGUGUUUUACCUGAAGCAGGUCGGGGAUGGUCUGUUUGUGUUCAAUGACAUCUUCAGGCUGGCACUGCACCACCAGUAGAGCGCAGUCGGGGCAGAACUUUGCUGUUUUUCUGUUUGUAUGUGUAUAUGUAUAAGUAAUUGGCUAGAGAGAUGUAUUCCAGUAUCCAGAGGAACGCCACUGGUUUUCCAUCAUGAAUAUUGUUACGGUGC